UGUUGAAAAUAGUUAUGGUGAAUGAAGUUCAUAUUAUUUAUAUUGGUUGCUAGAGGAAUAAUUAGAUUUAUCGAUUUGCAUUUUUAGGGGUUUACUUAAAAUCUUAGGGGAAAGUGGGGAAAGGACAUAAUCUGUAAAAUAUAACCAAAUAGAAAAUUAAAUAAUCAACGAAUUGACAAUCAUUAAUAAAAAAAAAAAACAUCAAGUAAAAAUCAGUUUAGUAUUACCAAAAAUAAAAAAAUCUAUUGAACACAUGUGGUGUAUUAAUUCUAUAUUUUGAUUAAUCACAAUUGUCAUGAUAAGAACAUUGAUCAAGAUGUACACGACUAGAUUAAGGUUUUUAUUUCCCUCAAUUAGCUAUAGGGAAGAUUUAAUCUUCUUAAGCUCCUUAUAUUUUUUAUUUUUUGUCCUGCCAAAUUCCAAAGUUUUUGGAUCAAACAGAUCAAGUCAAAAAUUAACAUAAUUUAAAUUUGUUACGUGGGUUAAAAUCUAGUUGUAGUAAUAUAAUAAUAAUAAUAAUAAAAAAAAAAAGAAUUCCUCUAUAUGCAUGUAAAAUUGCAAAUUAAUAAGCUACAUUAAAACAAAUACACAUAGAUAUAUAACAUAUUAUUACCUUUCUUCUAACAACCAUAAACCAUUCAUUAUUAAUUAAUUACCCCUCAAAUUAAGCUCCCAUCACAAAAACUUCCCUUCACUCUCUCCUCUCUUUCUCUCUUCACCUCCUUCAUUCAUUCAUCCUCUCCUCUGGAGAGAGAGAGCCAUGGAAGAAGAUGACGACAAACACCACACCACCACCACCACCAUGGCGGUUAUCGCUGUCGUCUUCUUCCUCUUUCUCUCCACCCUUUCCCUUGCCACCGCUGACGACGCAGCCAUAAUGAAGAAACUAUCAACCACCUUAGACCUAACCCCUCCUAACUGGUCAAGCGACAACCCAUGUAAAUGGCAAGGCGUAAGUUGUGAUUCCUCCAAUCGAGUCAUUUCCAUUAGCCUCGCCUCUAGAUCCAUAUCUGGUACCAUACCCUCAGAAAUCAACCAACUCUCUAGCCUACAAUCUCUUUCUCUCCAAAACAACCACCUUACAGGCACCAUCCCGCCCCUCGCUAACAUGACACAGCUUCAAGAGGUUUUCCUCGAUGGUAACUCAUUCUCUAUCCUACCUUCCAACUUCUUAGUCGGCCUACCAAACCUCCAGACAGUAAGCAUCAAUGACAACCCUUUACCUACCUGGAGCAUCCCUAGGGGGCUAUCUGAGUCGUCCUCUCUGCAAGAGUUUCGCGCCUCUAAUACAAACUUGGUUGGAUCCAUUCCUGACAUGUUUGCGGCCUUGCCCAGCUUAAAAGACCUAAGACUCUCCUACAACAACCUCACCGGUUCCUUGCCUGACUCCUUCGCGGGGUCAGGCAUUCAAUUUGUAUGCAUAAACAAUCAAAAACAAGGACUCUCAGGAGUCCUUGAUGUGCUAGGAAAGAUGCCUAGUUUAGCACAACUAUGGGUUCAACAAAAUGCCUUCUUUGGUCCUAUACCUGACCUUUCGAAUUGCACCUCAUUGUUCGAUCUUCAACUGAGGGAUAAUCAAUUAACCGGAGUUGUUCCACCUUCUUUGAGCAAACUACCUCAUUUGAUGAACGUUUCUAUGCAAAAUAACAAGCUUCAAGGUCCAAUGCCGGCUUUCGAGAGAGGUGUUCAAGUCUCCCUUGGGUUCACUAACAGCUUUUGUAAGGAUACACCAGGCCCUUGUGACCCUCAAGUCACUGCAUUGCUUGAUAUUGUAGGCUCCUUGGGUUACCCUAGCGAUUUAUCCGAUUCGUGGAAAGGAAAUGAUGCUUGUAAGAACUGGGCUCAUAUAACUUGUGACUCUAAAGGGAAUGUUGUUGUUGUGAACUUUGCUAAGCAGAAUUGGGGUGGGUUAAUCUCGCUGUCGUUUGCUAAUCUAACUUCACUAACCUCCAUCAUUUUGAAUGGUAAUGAUCUUGUUGGAACAAUACCAAGUGUUUUAACAAACCUUAAAAUGUUGCAAAAGUUUGAUGUUUCUAACAACAACUUAACAGGAAAAGUACCAAACUUUUCUCAAACAGUUGAGGUUAUAACUAAUGGGAAUCCUUUCUUAGGGACUAAUGUUGAUACUACUAAAUCAUUAAAGUCACCUCCUGAUAUGACUAACUCUCCUUCUAACACAAAUGGUAGUCCUUCACAUCCGUUGAAAUCGCGUCUUUCUUCCUAUGAGGUCGCAGGGAUUGUUGUUGCUGCUAUGGUUUUGGUACUAGCUGCAGGAGUUCUCUUGUACCCGCGUUUUAAGAGGUGGUUGUUUAUGAAGGUGUAUGGCUCAAAUAAGUACAAUUUUUACAAGGGGAGGAAGAGUAAGGUGGAAGCUUUGAAGACGAGUCCAAAUGGAAAAUAUUCUAAAGGAAGUCCAAUUGAUAAAAGUGGUAUGCUAAGUAACGGGCAAAUUUUAUUUUAUCAUGGUGAUAACAUCCCAAUUGAAGUCCUUCGUGAGGUGACCGAUAAUUUCAGUGAUAGUAACAUUCUAGGCCGAGGGGGGUUUGGGAUAGUUUAUAAAGGAGUUCUUCAAGAUGGGACUGGGAUCGCGGUUAAGAGGAUGGAAUCUAACCUCCAAGGGUCUAAAGGCAAGAGAGAGUUUGAGGCAGAGAUCACGGUUCUAACUAAGGUGAGACAUAGGCAUUUGGUGGCACUCUUAGGAUAUUGUGUCAAUGGGAAUGAGAGGAUUGUGGUUUAUGAGUAUAUGCCUCAAGGAACAUUGGGACAACAUCUUUUCGAGUAUGAUCAAGCAGGGCGAUCCCCUCUUACGUGGAAACAAAGACUUGUUAUCGCUUUGGAUGUUGCUAGAGGUGUUGAAUACCUUCAUAGCUUGGCUCAACAAAGCUUUAUUCAUAGGGAUUUAAAACCAUCGAAUGUACUCCUUGGGGAUAACAUGAGAGCCAAGGUUUCGGACUUUGGAUUGGUGAAAUCUGCUUCCGAUCAAGGAAAAUACUCUUUGGAAACGCGUUUAGCAGGAACCUUUGGCUACCUUGCACCCGAAUAUGCAGCAACUGGAAGAGUAACAACCAAAGUCGAUCUGUUUGCAUUCGGAGUAGUCUUGAUGGAGCUAAUAACCGGUAGAAAAGCCUUGGAUGAAAGCCUACCAGAAGAACAAGCACAAUUAUCAACCUGGUUCAGAAGAGUCCUCAUUACCAAAGAAGGCAUCAGAAAAGCCAUAGACCCUAAACUCAAAACAGAUGAUGAAGAAAUUUUCGAAAGCAUUUGCAAGGUGGCUGAGCUAUCAGGGCACUGCACGACUAGGGAGCCACAACAACGGCCUGACAUGAGUCACACAGUUAAUGUCCUAUCUCCUCUGGUGGAGCAGUGGAGGCCUGCAGAGUCGGAAGGUGACAAUGAUUAUGUUGGGAUAAAUAUCGAUAUGAGUCUUCCUCAAGCUCUUCAGAGAUGGCAAGCUGGCGAGACAACAACUAUGAGUGGUUAUAGUAGUGUAAAUUAUCAUUCUAGCGCUCCUACUACACCACCAAUGGGGGAAAGCUUUACCUACUUUGAAGGUCGAUGAUGAAAUAUUCUACUGAUUUAUGUGAUGUUGUUAUGUAUAUAUUAGUGGUAAGCCCUUGGAAUGGUAGAGGUUGGUGAAGAGUGAUGUCCUCAUCUCAUUGAUGAGCCACAAUUGUCGAAUUUCAGCCUCUCGAGGGCUUUUUUAUGCUUCAGAUGUAAAUAGAGGUGUUAUGAAAACAUCGAAUUGAAGAUAAUGAGUAAUGUGUUUCAAAGAAAAACAUUUGAGAUUGGCUCUUUAGUCCGUCUAGCACGUCUUUAAUAUGGGUUUGGGUAUCACUAUUUGAGGUUAUCGCUUAGGAUAGUUAGGAAUCAUGUGGUGAGAAAUUUCUCUAUUAUUCUUGGUUUACAAGGGGUCUUCUUCUAUAAGUACUCAAUUAAAUUUAGUACUUUAUAUCAUAUCAGAGAAAGAUAAAAAAAAUAAUAAUAAUAAUAAAAAAAAAAAAAAAAAAGGCGAUUGUUUUCUUAGGACAUGUUUGUGAUAUGAUUUGGAGUCUUCUUUAUUCCAAUAGGCAUUUUAUUUAUGCAGGUGUCUGUGUUUAAGUUCAAGAUUAUUGUCACUAGUAUUGGUUCUCUUUAAUUUAAAAACUAGCAAUUGCUAAGUAAUACGAAGUACUCCCUCCGUCCCUUAAUACAAUGCCUCUUUCUCUUUAUUAUG